CUCUUUCUUUCUAGAGAGUAAACAAAAGGAGAGAGAAAAGUAGAAACAUCACAGCUCUUGAAGCUUCCCCUGCGCUCCUGUAUAUUGGAGCUAGAAGAUGCGAAUCUGAGUCCUGCAGCAUUGUAAAGUGUACACUCUACCAGCAGUGUUGACAGAAUUCAUUCAAGUGAAGAAUUUUUAAAGACGGUAACAAAAAGAGAAGGAAAAUGCCGAAACCAAGAGAGAGAGGGGGAGGGAGACAGAGGCAGAAAGAGAGGAGAGGCACCACAGCAUCUCUUCAGCAUCCAUGGAGCUCCCCCUGGUGCCGUUUAUGGUGCUUCCAUGUGAUGGCAGGGCUGGAACGCAGGGCCUCGCGUGUGAUCAAUGUAAGAGUAACUACAAUGGAUGCUGAGCUGGAAUUUGCCAUUCAGCCCAAUACAACUGGCAAACAACUUUUUGACCAGGUGGUGAAAACUGUUGGUUUGCGUGAGGUCUGGUUUUUUGGGCUGCAGUAUGUGGAUAGCAAAGGUUAUUCUACAUGGCUUAAACUAAAUAAAAAGGUAACACAACAAGAUGUUAAGAAAGAAAACCCUUUACAGUUCAAGUUUAGAGCUAAAUUUUUUCCUGAAGAUGUUUCUGAGGAAUUAAUUCAAGAAAUAACCCAAAGACUUUUCUUCUUACAAGUUAAAGAAGCUAUCUUAAAUGAUGAGAUAUAUUGCCCACCAGAAACUGCAGUUCUCUUGGCUUCCUAUGCUGUCCAAGCCAAGUACGGAGAUUACAAUAAAGAGAUUCAUAAACCAGGCUACCUGGCUAAUGAUAGACUCCUUCCACAACGUGUAUUGGAACAACACAAACUAACAAAAGAGCAGUGGGAAGAAAGAAUUCAGAACUGGCAUGAAGAACACAGAGGAAUGCUAAGGGAAGAUUCUAUGAUGGAAUAUCUGAAGAUUGCACAAGAUCUAGAAAUGUAUGGAGUCAACUAUUUUGAAAUAAAAAAUAAAAAGGGAACUGAGUUAUGGCUUGGUGUUGAUGCUUUGGGUCUGAAUAUUUAUGAGCAUGAUGACAAGCUGACACCUAAAAUUGGUUUUCCUUGGAGUGAAAUCAGAAAUAUUUCGUUUAAUGACAAAAAAUUUGUUAUAAAGCCCAUUGACAAAAAGGCACCUGAUUUUGUUUUUUAUGCACCUCGUCUGAGAAUCAACAAGCGAAUUUUGGCUUUAUGUAUGGGAAACCAUGAACUAUACAUGCGAAGAAGGAAGCCUGAUACUAUUGAAGUACAGCAGAUGAAGGCACAGGCUAGGGAGGAGAAACAUCAGAAACAGUUGGAAAGGUAUGGAAUUUAUGACCUUUCAUUUUAAAUUGUUAGGACUAGG